CGACUGGACGGGCGCGGCUUUGAGGGGGGUUCACAACGUCGUGAAAACAGACGCGCGAACAUGAGCCCGCGCCUGAACAUGUUCAGCAGGAUUAUAGGCGCAAAUAUGUUGUCUACCAUUACAUUGUUGUUGGCCAGAAGGUCAAGAACAGCCGGGUUAAUAUGCUACGGUGCACCUUCUGCAAUAAGGUGUUUCAGGGAACCCAAUUCUACGCAACGAAACACUUCACCCAACAGAAUUAUUGCAAGAAGGUGUCCGAUGAUGCAUUGUACCAGAUUGCGCAAAAAUGCACACACUGCUUCGAGGCCGAUCAGGUAGAGAGGGUGUGGCGGUUUGCACACGAGCGUGGUCUUGAUGUCCCGCGGUCUAGUGCGAUGGGUGGUGAGGCGGAGCAUCCUACACAGGGCGUGGGCGAGGGAGAGGAUACCGCGCGUUAUGCGGAGGGAGGUGUUGCGAGAUAUGGGGAGGGUGCGGGUGCCGCGGAGGAGGACAAGGCAGACGUUGACCUAGAGGUUGGCAUGGCUGAGGGAGAGCAGACACCGAGGGGAGAGGGGGGCGUGCCGAAGUCCGAUCCGAUGGCUCGUCAGAGGGCGGUGGACUCACUGGACUGGGAGCAGAAGUGCGGGAAGAAGCCCGUCCCGCCUGAGAUGACAUGCACGCCGAGUUCUUCGAAGAGUGUUGUUCCUGAGAGAGCAUGCACGCCGGGUUCUUCGAAGAGGAAGGAGGGGGGUGCGCAUGUUUCUGCCACCAAUGCAGGGAAGAGGCUACAACAGCAGAAAAUGACGGACACGUAUGGUGGCGAGUGGAUUGGUCAGUGGAGGAAGGCAUUCUUUCGCUGGGUGUAUUCCAGCGGGAUUGCCUUCAAUGCCUUCCGCAACACGCCGUACCGGGACCUCCAGCAGGUUGCUCUUCGACAACCUGGUGGAGCACCUCUUCCCGUGCUUUCAUCCCACAACGAGAUCGCAAGCAUGCGAGCUGUGGAGAUCCACCGCGAGGAGUUGGCGGAGGAGUUGGAGGAGGUUAGGGAGUCAUUAUGGGAUCGUUUGCAGGGCAUGAUGACACGGGAGGACGGUCGGGCUUGGGCUAGGAUCCCGUGGUCCCGCGACGUUCGCGACAUGGCGCGUUGGGUGCGCCGACAGAUCAGGUGGUUACCUUGGUGGGAGAGGAUGCGUGCCAUCAAGCACGUCAUGGAUCCUGUUAUGGACUUGCUGAGGCGGAUGGACCGUGGUGGACAGUUCAUGUCCCUCGUUGUAGAGUGGACUCGGGAUCUUGCACGCCUUGUGCGGGACGCUUGCAUUCCUCUUGGCCAGUCCUUUUCUGACCGUGUCAUGAGGCGUGUGCAGGCCCGUAUACAGCACAUGAUGGAUCCCGCACACUGCGCCGCGUUCUUACUGAACCCCCGUCACCGGGAUGUUCAGGCGGUCCACGAGGGCAUCCAUACAAAGAAGUGUAAUCAGUUGGCCUUCGAGAAGGUCGUUCAUCUUGUUGAGAUCACCGCAAAUGUGCGGUUGAUGGGGUAUAGACGUGCAGGUUGUGGAUACGUCCUUCCUUGGCAGCGAGACGAGGGCAUGCUUGACGCUCAGGCGGGAUUGGACGUGGAGCCUGUGCGCUCGGGGGCGAGGAGUGGGAUGAGGGAGGAGGAGAUCGAGGAGCAGGCUGCCCUCAUUGUGCGCGAUCCCAUUGGGGCUUCUGCAUCGCCCCCUGUUGAGUCUGUUUUCAGUGCUCGUGCGACUAUCUUCCGCCCAUACCCCAGGGACGAUGACUCUGCGGACGAGAGGGAGUCGGAAGCAGCGGGCGACCCCAUGCUUCCCAUCCCACGUGAGAUUGAUGAGUUGCACGAGGAGGGCGACGUGCGUGACGAGAGGACGCACACCACGCGGAGGGCGGCAGAGCAGCGAGAUAUGGAUAUGAUGGGGGGCGAGGAGUUCUGGGGAUCUUUCGGGGGCACGGAGGAGAGAUCACCCACUACCGCGCGGGAGGAUACGUGUUCUCGCACGACCUUGCGGGAGGAGACGCCUGCUCCCAUGACUGCGAGUGAGGAGUCGGGUCCUACCACGACAGCAUGGGAGCGGACGACUGUUUCGUCGACUGCGCAGGAGCAGAUGCCUGCACCCACGACCACGCGAGAGCAGACGAGUAUUCCCGCGACGCAGUCCGCACCCUCGUCGCAGUCGCCUCUUUCACGUCAUUCUAUCCCAGCAUCCGCCCCGACCGCUCCCGUUCGGCAUGACGAGCGCUCACCUGCACCGGUUGGGAGGGAGGACUUGGGAUCCUCGUUGCGCAUCCGCGGGCAUGGAUCAUUGUUUAGCGUAGCCCGUCAGCUCGUUUUGGACCCGCGUGCAUCGACCGACUUGGGGGAGAUGGGUGUUCAUAGCGGGGCACCACCGGGGGAGGAGAGGGAGAGACGAGCGGAGGAGCACGGAGCCGCCGGAGGCGGAGUUGAGGGUAUUCGGGGUAUGGAGGAGGAGGUAGCUGGAGCAGUGGGGGGCGUGGUGGAGGUAGAUGAUGGUGCGCACGUCAAGAGAGAGGAGGCCAUGGCGAGGGUUGAUGAUGGUGAGCAUGUUGAGGGAGUGGAGGGCGUGCUGCCAUCGGAGGUUGAGAGGGAGCACGACGUGGCGAGGACGCAGGUUGAGAGAGAGGAGGGUGUGGCAGGGGUAGAUGAUGGUGAUGCCCAGGUUGAGAUGGAGGAAGAUGUGAAGAGGGAAGAUGCUACUGCGUUGUUUGGGGGAGAGGAGGGUGUGGUAGGGGGGGACGUCGCCCAUGGUAGAGGAGAGGGAGGCGAUGACCUUGACCCGAUUGUCCGGCGUUUCGUCGAUGACGAGAUAGGUCCCGCACUAGCGGGUUUGACCCCGGGCACGAGGAGGGCACUGGGGGCGUCGCCAUCAGGACAGAGGGGGGCGUCAGGGCUGGGGAUGGGGGAUUUCAUGGACAUGUCUUUGGGGGAUCCUCCCAGCCCUAGUCACGCAGACAGAGAGGAUGCGGCGUGUGCCCUAGCGGCCGCUGGGUACUCCAAUAAGGAGAUCGAGCAGGCAUUUGCAGGACGCUCCAGGAGAGAGACAGACUCGCUUCAGCAGGGGUGCGAGGAGGUAGUAGAGCAGCCACAGGCAGAGCGUGAGGAUGCACCCGCUGCAAAUAUCCCCGGAGGUAGCAGUUCGUUGGUACCGUUCACGGGCAUGCGGAUGACGACGACGAUGCGGCCAGUUCGACCGUGUGUGCAGGGGUCAGAUCCUGGGGAGGUGGCAUUUGUUCAGGUACCACCGCUCAUAGUCGUGGAUUUAGGAUCUGAGCCAACGCUUCAUACACCGGUUACUGGGCGGCGAGCUCCUCAGGAUACAAAUCGCCCAUUGGAUUUCACGGAGCUCGCACGGGCUACUGCCGCUUUGGCAGCAGCAGCACGUGUUGUGCGUGACCAGACUUCGCGCAUGAGCGGAGUAGCUCGUCCGCGUCCCAUGCCUGCCACGGGGGGUGCCGCAUUGGAGGAGUCUUCUGGAGCCGAGGGGUUGGGGAUGCCGCGCGGUUCUCGUCGUGAGAAGAUAGUCGCAGAGGUAAGUCAGGUGAGUGCUAGGCUUGUUCGGGUGAGGAUGGGGGCUGACCCUGUGACCGUGGUGGAGGACGAUCCCGAGACGGAGCCUGCAUAUGAGAAGGCCCCACAGGAGGGUGACGAGUACAGGGACGACGAGGGGCGUGAGGAGGAGGAGAGCGACAGCGGGGAUGAUGACAGCUACCACGACGACGACGACGAGCCCUCCCCUCCACCGCGGCAUGGUUCUCGUAGACGACAUGAUGACGUCGACGACCCGUCCCGUCCAGGGCCGCGGGAGACGAGGAGUCGAAGGAGGCGAGAGUCAUCCGUUGCGACAGUGCCGGGGCGAGGGAGUGUUUCAUCGACACGCAGCACGAGUGGCACGAGUGGGGCGAGGCAGAGAGGCAGUGAUAAGGGGAAGGGAAGUCAACGGUAUUGACAACUUCUUUAUCCUUCCACGACGCCUUUAUGUUGUUUGUGCUUAGUGUUCUGACGUUUUUGUAUAUUGUUUAGGAUGAUGUACAUAUAGUUAGGUUUUAGGGACUUCGGAGCAGUUCAUGGACUUCAGCAUGCAGAUAGUGUUGUCGAGAGUGUUUGUUUGUUUCGUUUUUCGGUUUAUGUACGACGCUUUUAUAUUGUUUUUUAGUUAUUGGGUUUUUGUUAGAGGUGGGACUUCAUUCUGACUUGUCGUAUUACGUAGAUGUUUGUUAGGGUUUUCUUUUCAGCUUUGUUAGUUAGCGGUGUAGGCUGCAUCCCAUCGCUGUACGGCCCCGUACGACUCGGCACGAGUGUCGACGACACAUUGUAUCAUGCGACAUGUAUUUCAUAUUGGACUCCUAUAUGCGACUUCGCCGGCACUUCGACAUGACUUUUGUAUGAAAUUUCAUGACUACUUUGUUUUCAUUGUAGUUUCAUGUUCUUCUAUGCGGUUAUUCUUGUGUGUGUGUGUGUGUGUGUGUGUGGCGGGGGGGGGUGUUUGUGUGUCUUGGCAGCCCUCCCCCAACCAUCACUCAAUCAUUCAAUUGUUACGAUUCUGGUCAUUUCCCAAGUGCAAUUGACAAUGAAAGACAAUGCCACCCAAUUGCGAAAGAAAUGAAAGCACUUGCAAAGA